AUGAUCACGCGCGGCGGAGUCGCACCGGAUUCCAGCAGCGCAUUCACCUGGCCGCCGCCCGUUACUACCGUCCAGCGGAGGCCGCGGGAGGAGCUGCGGAAGAGGCCGCGGGAGUCAGAGCCGGCGGUUGAGGCGCGGCACAAGGGCUACAGAGUGCCCUGCAUGACUAUGUUGGAGGUGCCUGGUGCUCCCGAGGCGGCUCAAAGGGCAGCUCUUAUCCCUCAGUUGCCUGAAUGGGCGUCUCUUGUCUCUCAGCUGCCUCAAAGGGCGUCUCAAAACUCUCAGCUGCCCCAAAUGGCGUCUCUCUUCUCUCAGCUGCCCCAGAGGACACCUCAUGUCUCUGAGGCGCCUCAAGAGGCGCCCCUGUCCACUAUCAACAACACCAGACCCCACAGUCACAGCAUUGACCUCCUUCCCCUAGCAACGCGUUGUUGGAGCGAGCAAAGCGAGGCUGGAACGCUGCACUCCUGUGGAAGGGACCUGCAGCGCUUCACAGCCCUGCGCCCAUGGGUUGCUAGUAGACAGCAGCAGGAGCAGCAGCGGCAGCAGCAAGAGGAGGCCGUGAAAGCACAUGCGGAGUGGGGUUCACUACAGCAAAGCCGUCUAAACCUUCAAACAGCAUUCAAAGAAGGAAUUGAACGCCUGCUACACUCCAUUACCCUCCCGCCCCGUCCCUCUCGCCCUGCAGCCAACGUGCUCCCUGUCAGCCUUCUUCUAGAGGCUCUUGGCCCACACACAUCCUCAGCGCCUGUCUUUCCUUUUUCCUCUCAAGCUGCUGCUGCAGCCACUUCCUACCCAAGCAACAGCCUGCCUGCCCGUCCCGCCCGCCCCGCUACAGUCACACCUCUUGCGAGAAACCCGGGAUCAGCCAAAAGCCCGGCGUGUGGCUCAGUGGAUCUAUCCCUUUGCCUAGGGCUCAGCCCAGAGCGAGAAGAGACAGAGGCAGAAGAGAAAGGGACUGCAUGGGGGAAUGAUGAAGGAAGUGUGGGGGGAGCAGCAGAGCAAAGGGGGGAGCCAUUGGUGUCCAUGCCAGGCCAUCAGUGGGACAAAAUCUGGGAGUGUGAGUCUGCUGGUGCUGGUGCUGGUGGUGGUCCAGAGGGAGACAUUUCCCGUGGCCUGAAGCAUCCCAAUGGGAUUGACGCGUGUGAAUCUGCUGCUGCUGCUGUUGCUGCUGCUGCUGAUGCUGCUGCUGCUGCUGCUGCUGCUGCUGCUGCUGAUGCUGCUGCUGAUGCUGCUGCUGCUUCUGCUGCUGCUGCUGCUGCUGCUGCUGCUGCUGCUGCUGCUGCUGCUGCUGCUGCUGCUGCUGCUGCUGCUGCUGCUGCUGCUGCUGCUGCUGCAGUGCGGAUGAUCUCCUGUGGUGAGAGCAAGAGGGGAAGUGUGAAAGAGCGCCAUGCACUGCUGCAGAAAUUCAAAUCGGAGUGCCACAUGAGGGGUGUGAGGGGGUGA